AUGGAUUUCCGAAUUGCAGGAGAAGGCGGCAAUGCCGUGCUGCAGACGAUUCACGCAAGUGAAGGCGGUCGUGCAAUUCGUCUGCUGCAGCAGCGGCAAAAGAUGCAGCAGCAUUUGCAGCAAGCAAAAGAGCAGCUAGAGACAAAAGGAACAAAACGUAAAAAUAUUAAUUGGGGAGGAUCAGCAGCAGAUAGAUUAGAGGAACAAUUCAAGAAAGAGACCAUUGGUCUUGUUACUGCAGAGGACUUCAGAGAAAGAAGACAAAAAUUAGAAGAACAAAUUCGUUUUGGUACCAAAGAGCUAUUCGUUAGUAAGAUGCAAGAAAAGAGGAAAUUUGAAUUAAAAUUGGCGAAGAGUAAAUUAUCAUUUGGUGAUGAGACAGUAGAUGAGGUACUUGCACAAGAAGAAGAAGAAGACAGCAGCAGCAGCAGCAGCAGCAGCAGCGACAGCAGCAGCAGCAGCAGCAGCAGCGGCAGCAGCAGCAGCAGCAGUAGUAGUAGUAGUAGUAGUUCUCCUGUUAAAGGUGAUACAGAUUCCCCACGACUUAAAUCGGAAUCGCCAGCAGCAGCAGCAACAGCAGCAACAGCAGCAACAGCAGCAGCAGCAGCAGCAAACUCUCCAGGUUCAGUAAAGGUUAAACAAGAAGAAGGAACGCAAUCCUCCAGUCCAGGGGCGGAUUCUGCUGCUUCUACGUCUCCUGCUGCUGCUGAUGGUGGUUCUUCGGUGGGGUUGUUCAAGAUAAGAAAGAGAAUAGGAAAGGAUCCAAGUGUAGAUACAAGUUAUCUACCUGAUAAAGAAAGAGACGCAAAAUUAGCAGCAGAGAGACAAAGACUAAUUGAAGAAUAUCGCAAGAAAGAAGAAGAAGAAAAACGUAUGCCAUUAACAGUAACAUUUUCUUAUUGGGAUGGUACAGGACAUAGAAGAAGAAUACAAAUAUUAAGAGGAUUAACAGUUGGUGAAUUCUUAGAUAGAGCAAAAAAAGAAUUAGAGAAAGAAUUUGUUGAAUUAAGGACUAUACAUACAGAUAAUCUUAUGUAUGUUAAGGAGGAUCUUAUAUUACCACACGGUUUAUGUCCAAAAUAUAACAUUUAA